AUUGAAUGCUGUUUAUGUCAGCAGUUAUCAUGGGAUCAGUUUGUUGUGUUGCUGCGAAAGAUCAAACUAUUCCCAAUAGAACUGGAGGUGAAAAUUUACACAGAAAUGUUGUAUGUUCACCAUCAUUGAGUUUUCAAUGGGAUAGGUGGGGCCAUGUUGCUGGUGAAAUUGACGAUCUUUCGUUUCGCACGUCUCGUAGAGUCAGCAGAAGUGUCAGCAUGGAGUUAAAGGGGUCAUUAAGUUCUGAAAGAGGCAAUUUAUCUGAUGUGGGAAGCACCCUCGAGAACUCUGCAACACCUGUGUCUCAGAAGUCCCCUAUUCAUGAGCAAUUGGGUGCAACUCGGAUGACUCUAUCGUCAGAUCUAUCCAUGUCAAGUAAUUGUUCCACAGCGGUGAAGAAUCUGACAGAAUCUCCAGAGAUUGCAGAAUCCUCAAUACCAAAUCUUUCUUUUUCAAUACCUUCUUCUUUCUCAACACCUAUAACUCGUAAUCUUAAUUAUCACAAUCUUCCUAGCUCAACACCGUCUAGAUGGGCUCAUCGAUCUCCAGGGCACCCACUGUUGAGACAAAUUUCUGAUAGUCGAAUCCUGGGUCUGAAAUCGCCUGAUAACUCAAUUUCAGAGGGAAGGCCAUCAUUUGUACUGUCCACUUGCAGUAAUGACAUGAUAACUGGAUCCCAAUGUGGGUCAUCUGAUGGCUGGUCUAUGCGCACCUUUUCCGAACUGGUGGCAUCAUCUCAAAAGGAACGAUGGUCAUUUGAUAGCGAGCAUUUAGGUUCAGGUCGCCACAAGAUAAGUGGAAGUAGUAGUAGGUUCUCGUGUUCUCCCACCAUGGAUUUACAAUCUUGUGGGGCCUGCUCCAAGCUCUUGACCGAGAGAACUGCAUGGAGCAACCAAAAAUUUGUUUCCAACAGCGACCUCUCAGUUGUUGCUGUACUUGUCUGCGGUCAUGCAUAUCAUGCGGAAUGCUUGGAGACCAUGACAACAGAGGCAGAUAGUUAUGAUCCAGCUUGUCCAAUUUGCAUGGUUGGAGAGAAGCACUUGUCAAUGUUGUCCAGAAAAAGUCUCAGAGCCGCCGAAUCAAAAAUGAAGGCCAAGAACUACAAGAUAUCCCGAAAUCGUGUAGUUGAUAGCAACUUAGAUGAUGGAUUAGAUGUUUUUGAUCGCCAAAAAAAUGUAGUUUCAAAAUUGGAGCCUAGCUCCAGUUCUAGGAGUUCAUACAGAAAACCCUUCUUGAGGCGGCAUUUUUCACUUGGAUCCAAGUGGAAUCAAUCCCUGUCUGAGAAUGAUUCUGCCAGGAAGAAAGGUUUUUGGGCGAGGUAUCGUAAAGAUUGAGCUUCCUUAGCCAUAGCUGUUAGUUGCAGAAGCUCUCUAAUUAUACUUGUAGCACCAGCAACUUAGGAUUUAAAAUUUGUACGCUGACUAGCUUUACUAAUAAUUCUAGAUUUAUUUUCAUUUUAUUUUUUACUUUCCACAAGAAAUUUGCUUCGUGUUAUGUUGAUGUGGCUCGUUAAGAUUACAUGAAUGCAAAAUCUGAGCUACUCCCAACGAACGCAUGGAAGAAAAGGAAACAAAUACGCUUGUAUAUUAUGUUAAAAUGUUUCACUUGUGUUGUUA